ACAAAUCCUCAAGUCACACGGCCCAAGUCACAUAGUAAACGCUUCGUUUAUUUAUGUUUUUACUCUUAUGUGGGUCUUUCUUUAGUGUUUCUGGUUGUUUUAUGGUACACCACUUCAAGCUGAGCCAAAAAACUUCCACCAGCCCGUUUACAGCUGUUUACAAACAAGGGAGUGUCGAGAAUGGCUUCUCGUGGGAAGUCGGAAACCAGCAAACUGAAGCAGAACAUGGAGGAACAGCUCGACAGACUGAUGCAGCAGCUCCAGGACCUGGAGGACUGCAGGCAAGAGCUGGAUGAGGAAGAGUACGAGGAGACAAAAAGGGAGACCCUGGAGCAGCUGGGUGAAUUCAACGACUCCCUGAAGAAGAUAAUGACAGGAGACAUGACACUGGUGGAUGAACUUAGUGGGAUGCAGCUGGCAAUCCAAGCUGCCAUCAGCCAAGCAUUCAAAACGCCUGAAGUCAUCCGAUUGUUCGCAAAGAAGCAGCCGGGACAGCUGAGAACCAGACUUGCAGAGAUGGACCGAGAGGUGAUGGUGGGGAAACUUUCACGGGGCGUCCACACGCAGCAGAAGAUGGAAAUCCUCAUGGCCUUGAAGAAACUGGAAGAGAAGCUUACUCCAGAGGAAGAGGCUUUUCUCGUAGAAAAUGCUACAGCUACUCUGAGCCAGUUUGAAAAAGUGACGGCAAACCUGGGCUCUGAGGACAAAAUCUUGGCUUUAGCUAGCUCUGGAGUAAAAAACAAAGUUUAGCAAGUUUACACAAUGUAGAAUAUUGAAA